CACACACACACACACACACACACACACACACACACACACACACACAGACAGAGAGAGAGAGCAUGUGUGUAUCCAGGCUGACCUCAAACAUCCGUCAUUCAUUCACAGGGAGGAAUAGAAGAACAGUGGACAUUACAAUCAUACACUACAGCGGGAACCUAAAAUAAAGUGUCCUAUGUUUUACGGCUUUCCCCUUAAAACACCCUCGCUGUCUCUUUGUACAGCAAGGUGACGCCGCGGACCAGGUGGAGAGACGGGUGACGGCUAUUGCGGCAAGCAGCCCGCUCACACCCAGCUAGACAGCUAUCAGGGAAUUAAACGGGAAAAAACGAUUUUCGGGUGUCAUUGUAGUUUAUUUGUGCGUGGAAACCGAGUCUCUGUGUACUAGUACUAGUAGUAUUAAUGUUAUUAUGUGUCGCCGUUUACAAUGACGACGAAGCGAAAGUCAGCCAAGCUCCAGCUGCGCCGGUCGAUCAGCGAGCAGCUGCGGGACUCCACGUCCAAGGCUUGGGCUCUACUGUGGAGGAAUGUCCGGGAGAGGCGCUUGGCAGAGAUCGAGGCCAAGGAGGCUUGUGAUUGGCUGAGGGCUGCAGGGUUCCCACAGUACCCCCAGCUCUACGAAGACUCCCAGUUUCCUAUAGAUAUUUCGUCAGUAAGGAGGGACCAUGACUUCUUGGACAGAGACCUGGUGGAACCGUUGUGUCGACGUCUCAACACCCUGAACAAGUGUUGCUCCAUGAAACUUGACGUCAGCCCCUCCAGGAAGAAAACGGAGGAUUCAGACGAGGAUGACCCGCUGGCCAUCAGUAAGAGAUGGACCUUUGAGUGGAACAGCCGGCGCUGGUCCCGCCUCCAGGACAUGCACUUCCUGCUGGACUCGCCCAAUGAGAGCAGCCCUGAGGGGUGCGAGGCGCUGCUGCGGUACACGGUGAGCAGUGAGAGCGUCUUAACGGACAUCAGCGAACCAGAGAUCACGGAUAUAUCCUCUCUUCACAGCCAGGAUUCUCUAGGAGCUAUUCUCCCUGACUCGGUCUCUAUGGCAUCGCUGGCCGAGCCCUACCAGCCUCCGAGGGACAUGUCCCACUACAACUCUCUACCAAUCAAAAGCAGCCGUCAUGGCCAGGGUGGGCGGAGUCCGGCGAAGUCCUUCCUGCGUCGCAUGGAGAUGAUGCGUACGUGGGGGCCGUCCUCCAGGAGGAAGACAGGAAGUGGACGGGCACCGCUGGUCAUCAGUGGGCCGGUCUUACAGGGGGAGGAGCCCCAGGCACUACAGACACUCCACUGUGUCCCCAUCAACCAAUCAGAUGGCAGUCCUCAUCCUCUCCACCAAUCAGACAACAGCACGUCCCCUGUUGCCCAUGGAGAUGGCAGCGAGGGCCAAUCAGAGACGAGCAGCGUGAGUUCCAUGAGUCCUAGUGUGAGGCAGAGAGUCUCUAAGCCCCGGCCUAAAAGAGGAAGUGUUUACCUAGAAGACACGGAGCCGCUCUCUGGCGCCCCCCGUUGCCGAAGGACUGAAGCACAACAGACUCCGUUCAGCAGGAACCACUUCCGCUCAUACGAGGACCUGCUAGUCCACAUCCCCAAGGACCACAAACCAGGCACCUUCCCCAAAGCCCUGUCUCUUGAGAGUCUAGCCCCCUCUCCCUCACCACUCUACCCCAGUCAAGGCUCCCCCUGGGCGGCCACGGCUCUGUCCAAGAAGCCUCCCUGCCCUGGAGCUCCGCGGGGCAGCAGGGUGAGUGUGUAUGACAACGUCCCCGGGUCUCACCUGUACGCGUCCACAGGUGACCUGCAGUAUCUUGACCGAGACGAUAACCUGUUCCCCCACCUGGAUGACAUCAUCAGUCACGUCAGCGGCCUGCAGCAGAUUGUAGACCACUGGAGUCACAGCGUGCUGCAGGAGGGGGAGGCAGGGAAUGAUAAGGGGGGUGAGAGAGACGGGGUCUCCCUAAAUGAUACGGACCCUACAGGGACCAGAGAUAGGAGAGACUCUGGAUUUGGAGCUUCCCUUACGAGACCACGUCUCCGGUGGCCGAGCUUCCGCCUGUCUGACCGCCUGAGCCAAUCAGACUCCUCGCUUCAGAUCAGUACCCAAUCAGCUGUCCAGCUCAGCCUGCUCAAGAAGUUCUCUCUGCUCCGACUCACAGCCAUCAUGGAGAAAUACUCCACUAACAAACAUGGCUGGACCUGGUCUAUGUUUCUGAAGCGUAUGAAGGUUCAAGGCAGUAGAGAGAAGGGUGUGUUUGGGGUUCCCCUCAUAGUACACACACAGCGUUGUGGUUACCCUCUACCCCUCUGUCUACAGCAGGCCCUGAGUUAUCUCAGAACGCACUGCCUUGACCAGGUACACACCCAUACACAGCGUUGUGGUUACCCUCUACCCCUCUGUCUACAGCAGGCCCUGAGUCAUCUCAGAACGCACUGCCUUGACCAGGUGGGUCUGUUCCGUAAGUCAGGUGUGAAGUCUCGUAUCCAGGCGUUGAGACAGGAGUGUGAAUCCAGUCCCGACAGUGUGUGUUACGAGGACCAGUCAGCGUACGACGUGGCGGACAUGGUGAAACAGUUCUUCAGAGACCUUCCUGAACCUCUGCUGACGAGCAAGCUGGGAGAGACCUUCCUGCAUAUUUACCAGUACGUCCCCGAUGAGCAGAGGUUGCAGGCCGUGAGGGCGGCCAUCUUGCUGAUGUCAGACGAGAACAGGGAAGUGCUCCAGACGCUGCUCUUCUUCCUGCGCGAUGUCACUUCCUGUGUAGAGGAGAACCAGAUGACCCCUAUGAACCUGGCUGUGUGUCUGGGCCCCUCCCUGUUCCACCUCAACAUACUGAAGAACGACAACCUGUCCCCCAGGUCCAUCCAGAGGAAGUAUGCUACUGGUCGGCCAGACCAGAAAGACCUUAAUGAGAACCUUGCUGCCACACAGGGCCUGUCUCACAUGAUCACUGAGUGCCAACGCUUGUUCGAGAUCCCACAGGAGACAGUGAGUCAAUCCUGUAACUCUUACAGGGAGGCUGAGUUACUAGCGACCCCUCUGGCCGAGCUGUGUAAGACACAUGAGGAGGAGGAGGAAGAGGAGGAAGGGUCCUACCACACACUCAUGGAGGGGCUGGUGCAGGGCCUACUGAAGGAGGCCAGAGACAAGAGUAAAGGAUGGGUGUCCCGGGCCACCACCGACCACACUGAACUGGCCUUCAAAAAGGUGGCUGAUGGUAACCCCCUGCGGCGGUGGCGUGUGUCCGUGGAGGUGUGUGCCCCGCCCAGUGAUGUGUUGGAGAGGCUGCUGAGGCAGCGCCCCCUGUGGCAGACAGCCGUACUGCAGGAGAAGGUUCUGGAAACCCUGGACAGACAGACAGACAUCUACCAGUACAGCCUGCAGAGCAUGGCACCACACCCCAACACUGACUACGUGGUACUGAGGUCAUGGCGUAACGAUGUGUCUAAGGGUUGCAGUGUGUUGGUGUGUGUGUCAGUGGACCAAGAGGACAGUCCAGCCCUGGCUGCAGUCAGAGGGGUAGUUCUAGAGUCCCACUACCUUCUGGAACCCUGCGGACCUGGAAGGUCCAGACUCACACACAUCUGCAGGGUUGACCUGAAGGGCAGGUCUCCAGAGUGGUACAACAAGGCCUUCGGUCACCUGUGUGUCUCUGAGGCCCAGAGGAUCCGUUCCUCUUUCCAACCUACAACAGGCCCUGAGACCAAGAUCUGAACCCCAGGAAUAGGUUCUGAGGCUGGGCUACACCGGCAGGGAGCAUGGCCCCAUGGACCAGAGGACCAAAGACAAGUUACUCUAGAGAACAGGAGGGCUAGGACAAUGGACUUUGUACCUGGAACAAUAGACCUAGUACCGUGGAAUCACAGCCUGAGAUUAAUGGGUCUAGAACCAAGAAGAGGGUGGGCUAGAACCAUGCACUAGAACUUGGAACCAGGGACACUGAACAAUCUAGAACUUGGAACCGUCUAGAACUUGGAACCAGAACACUGAACAAUCUAGAACUUUCAACCAGGGACACUGAACAAUCUAGAACUUUGUUCCAUGUCCAUGGUUCUAUCUAGAACUUAGAACCAGGGAUUUGGAACGAUCUAGAUUGAACUUGAAGACAGCUCUGGCUCCUACAGCUUUAUCUCUGCUCUCAUUAUCAGCAUCACUGUCCUGUUUAAACUAGUAUCAUUAUUAGUCAUGUUAUUAUCAUCGGUCUUGUCUGUGUUAAUUAUAUUAUCUAUUGCAUUAUUAUUAUUAUUAUUUGUUAUAUUAAUAUUAUCACUUCAUCAUUGUUGUAUAAUCGUUGAUUUUGUUAUCCUGUUGUACAAUGUCUAGGACAUUUACCCAUUUCACUGCUUCUGGGAAGCAUGUGUGUGUGUGUGUGUGUGUGUGUGUGUGUGUGUGUGUGUGUGUGUGUGUGUGUGUGUGUGUGUGUGUGUGUGUGUGUGUGUGUACACACAGAGUAAAUAAACGCCCUCUCUGUACCAGCAGAUGAAACCAGCUCUCAUUGCCCAUCAGGUCCUCGUCAUAUUCAUAUGCUAAUGUUUGGUUAAUAGUAUUAUCACGUGUGCUAAAGCAGUAAUGUAACUGUACCUAACAUGUGGCUUGCUCUACCAUGACGUUACCAUGGGGCUACUACACGAGUGUAUACUGUAUUACCACGGUGGUGUCGUCGCCAUGACAAUACCAUGGCGUUAGUGUGGUGUUGCAAUGGCAUUACCACGGCAUCGCUAAACUGUGACAUUGCUACGGUGUUGCUAUGUUAUCAGCAUGGCAUUACCAUGGUGUGUUACCAUGGUGCUGCUAAAUUGUACCGUUGCUAUGGUACCGCCAUGCUUUGUGGGUGAGUGCUGUUUUGCGUGGGAACAGUGUACUUGAUUCUGACGUGAGCCAAAGAGGAUUAUGGGUAAACGUGUUCUGGCUCCAAAUUUAGCUGAAGAGAUCAGAUGUUUGUACUGUCAGAGAACAACAGGUUUGUUAAAAGCAGGCUUUAACUUAGCCUGGUCCCAGAUCUGUUUGUACUGUCAGAGAACAACAGGUUGGCUAAAACCAGGCUUUAACUUAGCCUGGUACCAGGUCUGUUUGUACUAGGCCAGUGGUGAAAAAAGUACUCAAAAGUCAUACUUGAAUAAAAGUAAAACUCAAGUAAAAGUGAAAGUCACCCAGUAAAAUACUACUUGAGUAUAAAAGACUAAAGUAUUUGGUUUUAAAUAUAUUUAAUUAUCAUAAGUAAAUGUAAUUGCUCAAAAUAUACUUAAGUAUUGAAAGUAAACAAUAUAUAAAUAA